AUGGGCACCGGCGGGCGGGGCCGGGGGGCGAGCUCGCGUGGCGCGCCCGCCCAAGCCGGAUCGCCGCCGAUCUCCGAGUGUCACCUAUCGACGAACACCGGGUGGCGAAUGGGCGCCCGUCCGAGGGAAGGAAGCGAGGGAGGGCCGAGCGCCGGCCGGAGCUGGAUCCGCGGCGCGGCGCCGGCGUGGUUCCUUGUGGCCUGCAUCACUGCGGCGCUGUUGGGCUGCGUCGUUCUGGGCGGGCCGGGCUGCGCCAGCUGCUGGUCGGCCUGCGCCGUAUGCGGCGGAGGGAUGGGCGAGAUCCUGCUGCUGCUGCUGCUGCUGCUAGACUGUGCGCUGCUGUGGCGGCUGCGGCGGGGGCCCCGGUGCCAGUGGCUGGCCCAGUGGGUGCGGGCGCUGCGGAUGUGUAAGCUCUUCCCUCUGCGGCGCGCCGACACGGCUGGGAAGGGCUGCGGCACCCCCCGAAGGGCGACAACGCGCUCGCCGGUCCUCGCACCCGUGUUGGUCGCGCAUCAGAGCGCCCUCCAGUUCGCACUUCCAUUGAGGAGAGCACUUGGACCUGCCCUGGCAGCUGUCGAUCUGACAAGUGUCGGUGUUGCGGAGGCCUGGAGCGCCUUCCUGACGGUGGUUAUCGCCAUCCUCAUGCCGCAGGGAGCGGCUCCUCAAGAGUGGUGCCGGUCAGCGUUGUCACUGGGGUGGUCAAUGCAGCAAGACAGAUUGGCGCCUGUGGAAGGGAGUAGUGUUGGGAUUGCAGCGCGUGGCAGGGGCAAUGUCAGUGGAGGUGAACUUGGCGGCUGUUUGAGAUGUUGGCUGCUGAAGAGCCCGGCGUGGUCAAGAUUGCCUUUGCGCCUGCCAGUGGUGAUAAUGAAUGUGCCAGGAAUCAAGAAGCGAAAGAACAAAGUUGCAAAGGCGUCUGCGUCAGUGGUUGGGGUUGUUGGUAUUGUUAGUAACGCAGAGGCAGAAUUGGGAUGUGGGGAAAUGAGUGUGUCACAGUUGAGAGGUCAGUGUUAUGCUAAUGUUGUGUCACUCAGAUUAGGGUGGAGUAUGGUAGUAAGGUACCUGCAGGCGGCUGGGCCCAAGCUUCCAAGUGCCCUGGACCUGACCUGGCUGUUCUCCACAAGGCAUUUGGGAGCAGCUGUGAUGGAUCCAACAAACCCCCAAACAUUCAUGCAAGUCAUCAGCAUCAAGGUGUGGAGCAUGCUUUCUGUGCCAUGA